AUGCACGCGCUUGAUACCGGAGGGCGAGAUAAAGCCAGUAAACAAGAUAGAGUCGGAGAAGUUCUUGAAGCAAUUGGAAUCUGGGACUUUAAGAAGUCCAUCCAAAGAGAACUUAAACGAUAUCCGAGUCAUGAUCCGUUGAAGCUAAAGAAAUUGCAAAUCAUGUCUGAUAGAAUAAAUGUUCUUUCGGCCCAAGAAUAUGAGCAUCAUGUUUAUUGUCAACGAGCAUCCUUUUAUGGAUACGCAACUCAACAGAGAAAUAAUAUCUUCAAGACUAAUGAUGCGGUAGAUUCAAGAUGA